CGAACUGCUCCAUUCCAUACAUCCGUCAAAAUGGCAUCUGACUCUCCCUACAAAGUUGUAACGACAAAAGAUGCACCAAGCGCAAUCGGACCUUAUUCUCAAGCUGUUGUUCAUAACGGCUUAAUUUUUUGUUCUGGUUGUAUUCCUUUUGUUCCUUCAACAAUGCAACUUGUAGAAGGGGAUAUUCAAGCUCAAGCUCAACAAUCUUUGGAUAAUUUGUUGGCAAUCGUUCAAGCAAGUGGAAGUGAUAAAAGUCACAUUUUGAAAACCACUGUCUUCUUGAAGGAUAUGAACGACUUCGCAAAGGUCAACGAAGUGUACGAGCGCGUCUUCGCUCCUUACAAACCCGCACGUUCAGCUGUCGAAGUGGCCAGACUGCCUCGUGAUGUUGGUGUCGAAAUCGAAUGUAUCGCAGCUGUAAAGGCAUAAAGGGGAUGUAAAAUCAACCAA